UCGGAAUAUGUUUCAUAUUGAGCUUAGUAAUUACCAAGCUGCGAAUAAGAAUGGAAAUUAUACUGGCGUUGCUACUUACUUGUGCUGUAUUAGUCGAAGGAGGUGUUGUCAAAGAAAAUUGUGAAAGUCACAAUGAAGUUGAAACUCUGAAAAGCGACCUCGACAGACCUUAUCUACUUGCAGUUGAUUACAGCACUAACACAGUUUAUUUUAGUUACAGUCUAAACUUAGACGACGAUGUAUUUAAAACUGCUUUCGUAAAUCUAAACACAAAAGAAUUUGGUGAAGUUGCUGGCAUUAAUAAUGGAUUUGCACAAACAGUUGAUGAAAAGAAUCAUGAUAUAUAUAUCGGGGGUAGCGAUGGUGUGUACAAAUACAGCCAUAAUGCGAAAGAAGCUCAAUUUCUCAGCCAAUUGGGCAAUAUUUGGACAUUAUAUUUCAAAGACGUUUUAUAUUACUCAGUUUUUCCGUCACAAUUCUUGUAUACAUUUGCUAAUGGUGUUUCAGCAAGAUUCAAAGACUUGGAAGACACAAAAGUCGAUCACUUUAUCAUUGACAAUGAUGAUAUUAUGUUUUAUACAAAUUCAACUGGCUUGUAUGGGCAAAAGAAAGGAACAAAAGAUAGUGUUCUAUAUAGAGAAUAUUCUAAAGAUGGCGUCAGAGGACUCACUACUGAUAUCAAUGGAAAUGCUUUCAUUUGCAUAGCAGAUGGUAUUUAUAAAAUUAAUAAAGUGAAUACAAGUUUAGAUAAAGUGCUAUCAGUUGAUGAUGCUUUUGGUUUGGCGUUUGAUAAUGAAAAUAAUAUUGUAUAUUCAGAUGCUAUGAGAUUAGUGCGCGUUAAAUCAGUUAAAAGUUGUUGAGUAAUAAAAAUUAUUACAAAUUA